CUCGUGUGCGCGUAUACAAUCCAUCUUGCCGUUGACUUCACGCAGCUCCUAAACCACAGGGGCUAAUAUGUCGAUGGAGGAUCCUUUUUUCGUGGUUAAAGGGGAGGUGCAGAAGGCCCUGUCUAAAGCACAGGGGCUGUUUGAGCGCUGGGAGGAGCUGCUGCAGGAAGAAACACCCGUCAGUCGCGAUGAGCUGGACUGGAGCACCAAUGAACUCCGAAACUGCCUAAGGGCCAUCGACUGGGACCUAGAGGACCUGCAUGAAACCAUCAGUAUUGUGGAGGCAAACCCUGGAAAGUUCCGUUUAGGGGAAUAUGAACUCCAGGAGAGGCAGGAAUUUGUGGCGCGAACACGGAAUUCUGUGCAGAUGAUGAAAGAGCAGCUUGCUAGCCCCUCAGCUGUGGCCCAAGCAGAGAAGAAAAACAGACAGGCUCUGCUGGGGGCCACAGCAAAGGAUCGCUACGCCGGUCUAGAGCCUCACCUGGUGUCUGCAAACUCCAGAUACAUUCAGGAGCAACAGGAACAGCAGCAGCUGAUCAUGCAGGACCAGGAUGAGCACUUGGAGCUGGUCACAGGCAGUAUCCGUGUCCUGAAGGACAUGUCUAGCAGGAUAGGAGACGAGCUGGAUGAACAGGCAGUUAUGCUCGGGGAGUUUAGUGAGGAGAUGGACCAGACCGGUUCUAGAAUGGACUCAGUGUUGAAGAAAAUGGAGAAGGUUUCACACAUGACCAGCAGUCGGAGACAGUGGUGUGCUAUCGGAGUUCUUGUAAUCAUACUGAUCGUGGUGCUCAUUUUGUUCUUUGCCAUUUAAACCAGACUCUUCUUCGGUUUGGCCCUCUAUCAUGCCAAAAGCUUACAGAAGAAUUUUACCAUGACGCUUCUUCCUCAGCUUCCAUGAUCCUUUGUGAGAAAGAGAUCCCAGUUAUUUUUUAUAGUCCUUUCUCAUCUUUUUGCCUUCAUCUAAUCCAUGUGUCUUCUGGCUCUCAGCAUUUCACUCUCUCCCGCUGCUUUUGGAUUGGACGUAUUGUCGACUGGAAGGUCUAAUCCAGAAUUUCACUAUUGCUGAGAUGGAAGUUAACAGUUAUUAUAUUUCUUAUGUUUUAUUGUGGUACAGAGUAUAUGGGGAUGAGAAAUUUGAUAUUGCCUUAUUUUUAUAUGUUUGAUUCUUACAGCAGCAUAGUAAUUGUGUGUACAUUAUAAAUGCCCUUGAAAGAGAUUGACCAUAAAUAUGUUCACCAAUUAUGAAACAUUUAAACAAUUUAAAUGUUGUUGUUGUUAUUGGUUGAUUCAGAUUUCAAGCACAAUGAGUAAUGCAGGCUCAUAGCGCCCACUAGAUCUGUAACGUCAUGAUAUAAACCUCUGAAAUCAUCCAAUAAACUAUGAUGGUGUGCUUUGGAAAUUAUUUGUAAAUUGGAAAUGGAAAUUAUAGCAAGAAAUGUAGGGUUAUUUAAAUAGUUUUAAAGCAAAGUCACACCGUUAAUAUUUGCUUUUUACAUGUUUGCUUUUCCUUUAUGGAUAAAUUUGACAUUUUAUUGCAUUAUUUGAGUGAGCUUAUGGGAAA